GCCCAACUUCAAAACAAGGAACCCAUAAAUAUAUACGGAGCUGCUGGGACACGGCACUGUGAUGAUGUGAAGAUCGACGUGAAUUCUUGGCGACAUACCGAGACAGAGUAGAGGAGGGAAUUUCUUCAUAUUUCCCCUUCUUCUCAUCUCCCCGCUCGGCAAAUUCAAGGGCUUCACCUCUAGAUAAGAAUCGCGUGGAUCGGCGAUUCACACACAGCUAGAUCUCGCACUGUUCAGUGAUCGGGGGAUACGUAGUAGAUAGAUGUCUUCAACAACUCUGAGGAGACGGCGGCUCCAUCACGGGGACGUUGAUGGCAAACGGGACGAGCAAUUCGAGGGAUUGAGCUCCGAUGAUGAUUUGAACGAGCCCUUACUGGGUGCUUACAGUAGAUAUGAUCGUCCCGAUAUUGAUGACAAGCAUUCCCAGGAAUGUACGCUGGCGGAGAUUUUGGAUGAAGGGCGAAGGAAAGAACACCUCCACUGGACUCUACUCUUUUCGCAUUUAAUUGCUCAGUGGGCACAAUGGUUAGCAAACAUUGUACUCGGCUCUGGGUCAUUUAUUGGACGGAUUUUGCCUUUUUUGCUAAUCCAAAGUGGACCCACUACAAGGCUUCUACCUCCAUUGCUCAAUCCUUUGCAGGAGGCCAGGCUAAAACAUCUAAAGCGAAGAGUUGCAGUUCCUUUUGAUGGAUCUUUUCGGGAGCAUCAAGAGGCACUGAAACAGCUGUGGAAGUUAGCUUACCCAAACCGGGAGCUUCCGUCUCUUAAGUCAGAACUUUGGAAAGAUAUGGGCUGGCAAGGUUGCGAUCCUUCAACUGACUUCAGGGGUGGAGGCUACAUAUCACUGGAAAAUCUGAUAUAUUUUGCCAAGGCAUACCCGGUUGGUUCUCGUUUCACUUAUUUAGGCCCAAGCUUUGCUUUUAUGCCAUUUCCUUCUCGAAAUUUUCACUUUGAAUACGAUAUUUGUAAUUUGUUUGAUUGAUAUUCUAUCACCUUGUAACGAGGAGACUGAAGUUUUGUUCCAUUGACCAGUUCCGGAUAAGCAAAGAAAGGAUAAUUUGGUUUGGAUAAGGGUUUUGAGUACAAGGACUUCAAAGCUUUGGCGAGGGUAUUAGCAUAUAUAUGUCUGAUGUGGGCUCUGGGUUUUAUUUGUGUUCAUUUACCAUACAAAGACCAAAAAACAUGCUUUCACCUUGAAGGAUAAGCUUGUUUUUCCAUUGAAAUAAACCAAAAGGAUAGCACAUAUGGAUAAUGCAAUUGAUAUUUCUGAUACGUGACUUCUUUGAACACUGUUGUUUAUUGAUAUUUUUUGCAGAAUGAAAAUCUAACUCCAUUUUUCAAUGUGCUCAUUUCCCCCCAUCAAAUCUCUGUAUUGUCACACCUAGUUAGAAAAGAGGGUUCCUGGUAU